GCACUCACAGAGAGCAGGGACAGGAGAGUGAAGCAAGUCUCACAGUGAAACAAAAUUAAAGCAUAUGGGCCGGGAUCUAGAGAAUUGAAUAAAAGUAGAAGCCAAGCACAUUAAAAAAACAUCUGGAGAAAAGGAAGAUUAGUGAACGAAGAGAGAGAUUUUAGGACAAAGGUUAAAGACAGCAGAACGUGAUAUAUAAAAUACAGAAAGGAGCAACUAUCACUAUGCAAUCAAAAACAAAAUUAUAGCAAUGAAUUGGAUGCAGUAAUGGUAACGUCUGGUUUCUUAUCGGAAGUCAGAAUAAAGUAUUUUAUCCAUAGCGUCUGAUCUCUCAAUGCAAGAUGGGAAACGACAACAGCCGCCAAGCCGAGAGCCAGAAAGAGGCUCCAGCAGUAUCCAGCCCAGUCCCUGUGCAGGUCAGCAGUGUGGAUAGGAAGCAGGAGCCAGAGCCGGACCCAGGAAGAGAAUCGCACCAAGAGAUCGCAGAGGACAGAUUACAGGAAGCUGAUUCCAUAUUCCAUGAGAGUGCAGGAGCCUCAGCAACCAUUCUCAGUGGUGACAACUUAUUGUCGAAUGUUUGGGAAGCGGGACAGCUGCUUCCUACCCUUCCGCUUGCUGAUCUUUAUAUAGAUGGUGUGGAAUAUAAGGAAUCUGGGCCCGGCCUACACCCUGGCACCAUCAGUGUUUCCACCAGUGAGGACUACAAGGAUGAUACUUCUGGCUCAGAUGAAAUAGGAUUGAUUGGGAUUCUGAGAGAAUGGGGAAAAGAUGUACUUCCUGAAAAAAUCACUACACGGUAUGAGAAAGAACAAGAAGAAUCUUGGGUAGACGCAACUCCUCAGAUUCCUCAGGAUUCUCUGUCAGACCACAGCAGUCCAUGGGAUCUACAAGGUCAAGGCAUUGUGUCCACGUUUCCCACUAUGCUGGAAAAUACAGUUAAUAAAGUGGACAAAAAAGUUCCUUCUGCUCUCAAUUUCAACAACAAGGCUGCUGAGACUCCUAACAGCUGGGAAGGAAAAGAGCAGAGUAAUCAGUCUCUUAAUGACCCAUCCCAGUUCAUAUCAGAACCCUCAGAGUUAUUUUCCAGGAAUGCAGUAUUGUCUCAGCUGACAGAGCCAGGACGCCCAGACAGCACCUGCAUCCAAGCAGAAGGAGAUUCCAGGGAUACUGUUACUGCUCUGGAAUCAGAGAUGAUAUUUUAUGACACUUAUGACAGUGAAGUUGUGACUGCUUCUACUGCAGCUCACCAGACACGAUGUGAGAACAGCUUAAUCUUGCCUCGCUCGACAGAUGGGAGCUCAGACAUGAAUAAGGAGAAAAUCUCAGUCUCAUCUAAACCAGUGCCAGAGGCCUGUGUUCGUAGUGGAGAACCCCCUGCCUUUUUGGAUAUUGAACCCGAUAUAAUAGCAUCAGAGUAUAGCAGUCCAGGUGGAUUAUGCAAUAAUUCUAAUAUUAAUAAUCAGUCUACGCAAAAGCUUUUGGAAACCAAAAAUCUCCUUCCUAACCAGAUGAAUGAAAAAAGUGCCCACCAAUUUUUUGCUGAAGGCCCGUUGCAAGAUACAGACUCCUUCAAACAUGCUAAAGAAUCCGAUGAAGCUAAUCUUAAGGGUGAUCUUAAUGAGAAGAAGUCCUUGAUUGACCAUUUUCAGCCAGGGAACACAAACCAUGAAAUUCGUGGUUACCCUAAUGUGACUGCCACGACAGGGGCAGUGGAAUAUUUCAACCUAAAAGAUGAAUCUGAAAGGAAAGCUAGUGCAGAAAUAAUAAGAAGCAUAGAAGAAAAAAAUAUUACUUCUGAGAACGCAAAUUCAAAAAGUGUUCAGGUUAGACAAAUGGACAAAGAGAAUGAGGAUCUUUGCGGUAUUAACAACCUUAUUCAGGAAACAAGUCACCUCAGUCAGAGUGGAACCUCCGAUAAUAGAGAAAAUCUAGGGAUAACGUUCUGUCAGACAACCCCUCAUGAAUUUAGUAAUUGUAAAGAAGAGCAAAAAUGUUUGGAGAAAGACCUACUUUCUUGGGCUUCAUGUACGGCAAAGUGUGGGGAAACAGUGUUUGAUAUUGUGAAGAAAUCUUCCAGUGAACAGGGACAAGCCAUCAACAAAGAAGUAGAUGUAAGAAUUCAAGCUGUAGUUAGAAAUGAGGAUCAGGAGCAAAUGGUAAUGGAUACAAAAGUACUGAGUGUUCCAGAACUAUCCUAUUACCUAGCACCUGAAAUGGAGACCCAAGCGCCCACAAACUUAGGUCAGAAAGAACUAAUUGUGCAAGACCAAAAAGAGUUGAACACAUAUGCUGGUGAAGUGAGUAGUGAUAAAAAAAAGGUCACUACUGGCAAGAAACGUAAAUCGACUAAUAAGAAAAAGAAAGCUGCAAAGGCUGAUACAGAAACCACUCAUUUAUCUGUUUCUGAAAGUCCUAAUAAAAUGGGAUACACCACACCCAGUGAGCUUCAGAAUAUAAUGAUAGAGUCGACCCAGCCUUUGAAUUCAGUGUUUGAAACAGUCUCAGGAGGAGACGAACGUGUUAUCAUGAAGCCUGCAACUAACACAAUUUUUCCUUUUACUGAACAAAGGGCUACUUCUGACAUAGACAGUGGAAAUUUGGCAUCUUCAAAGGAACAAAGUGUAGAGGCUCCAGAGGAAUUGGUUGGGGAAACCCCAGCUAAAAUUGAGGAUGACACCAGACAAAACCAAAGUGGGUCUGACCCGUGUUUUACGUCUGCAGAUCAGACUGUAUGUUGUGACAUUAAUGGAAAGCUGCAAUCAUUCGUCCUGAGUGAUGUGGGAAGUCUGAACUUCAUGCCAGAUGGCACGAAAGAGUCAUCCAAGGUUCAGCUUAUCCUGGACACACCUCCUAACUGUUCUGGAUCUAUCCAGGAAUGCAACAUCAGCACUAACUUGGUCAGCAUGAUAACUGAGAACGAGGAGGAACCCCUGACAAAGCUUAGUCAGCAAGAUGGAACGUCCCCAGAAAACACACCCUGUGCACUAUCGGACAAACUGCUUCAACCUGAAGAAAUGGUGGAAGAGAAAGACAUUAUUUGUGAACAGAAGGAGCCUCCUAUGACGUCCUUGUCAGAUUGUCUGAUAACAGAGAACAGAAUGGACAAAGAUGACCCCAAGUCAUGUGGUCAAAGUGGAACCCAAGCUGUAUCUAAUACUGUUUUUGAUGUUGCCGAACUCCCUCGGUUACUGAGCAAAACAACUGGAACAGUAAGUGUGUCAUGUUCAGAUGGGAUGGUUUCUGAUGAUGUGGAAACAUUAGGAGAGGAGAAAGGGGCAAAAACCAACAGUGAUCUUCAUUAUUCGUCAGAAGCUCAUGCCCUUGAUAUACCUACACAGGGAAUCUCUAACACUCCACUUUUGGCAUCAGAAGGCAGCAUAGCUGGGAUGUCCCAAGACUUAAACAUGGAAAGGACUGAAGAUAAACUACCAUUGAUUGCUGUAAACAGUGGCACAGAGAAGGGGUUGUCUGCAAGCAGUUUAAUAGUAGAAUCUGAGGCUACUGCAUGUCAAAGAGAUAUACUGGACCAAACCAAUCAAUCUAAGGCAACUUUAAGUAUUUGUCAUGAUGAAGGGAGUCUGCUUGUCGACACUCACUGUAGUGGUCAAACAGAGUAUACCAGGACAGAUAUUUGUGAAAUGAUUGAUGGAGAAGUCUACAUAAACAAUCAGUUAUCUUCAGAUUCUCAAAGUAAAGAGGAAGUCCCGUAUGAAGGUCCAGCGACUGAAGGUUUGAUAGAAACCCACAAGGAGCAGUUUCUUGAAUUGCCUGGAUGUGACACCAGCUCUCUGAAUAGUACAUCCUCACACGACCCUAUGGAUGGGACAGUGUACAAUAGAUUUAAUAUUCCAGGACAGUCUUUGUCAGUUGGUGAGAUUCCUACUAAUGAAGUAUCUGCUAGAGGAAUAAACUGUGAGAGUCAGUCAUGUGAUGACCAGGUGAGUGAUGGUAAACCUUUGGCUUCAGAGAUAGAGAAUCUUUACACUCCAAAAGUUUUGGAAGCUUCCAUUGGAAAAAUGAAAAAUCAGAUGUCAGACCUGGAUGUUAUGGUUGAGCCCAUGCCUGGAGAAAGCUCACAGAAUACACAGGGACAACUGGAUAAACAUGUCCUGAUGUUUGAAAGUGCUGAUGCAGGGAAUCUGUUACAAAUUGAUGUUUUAGUUCAAGGUGCAAAAAACAGGAAUUUAGAUCAAAAAGAUGAAAUUAAUUACAAUGAAACCAACAAACCUCUUGUUUCAGAGGCUGUGGAAACUGUAGCAGCUCCAUUAAUGCUCCUUAGUUCUGAAGGUAACUGUAAGAGCGAGAUUUUGGACAAUAUCCAGAACAUUCAACCUGCAGAUGACAAUUCUUUGGUAUCAAAAUAUGGGGCAGACAAUAAUGGGGCAGACAAUAAUGGGUCAGAUUUAAUGGAAUCUGUGUCUGAUAAUCAAAAAUGUGACCUUUUGAAAUUUGCACACCAACACAUUGUUACUGCUGGAAAAUUAGAGGAAGCCCUGGAUAAGCAAAAUCAUAAUGCACAUCAGGAAAUACACCCUCAGGAGAAACAUCCUGACAUAGUUUGUAAAGAAAUUUGUAACAUUAGCUGUGACAUGCGAGAGGUGAUAGGCCAAAAUGUUCAGGAGCUCACCAGUGUAAAAAAUGACGAGAUUGGAAAAUCAACCAACUGGGACAUUUUAGCAGAACCUACAAGUUUUGUUGAUACCAUCUCUAUCCUUGAAAAUGCCUCAACUACUCAAUCUGUAUCAGAAGAUUCAAAUACAGUGAGUGAUAGCCAAGUACUCAGCAUCCACAGUAAUGACUUUGGACCCUGCAAUCAAGUUGCCUCCAGUGAAAAGGUCAGGUCACAAUCAGAGGCAGAGGGUCACAAAGACUUUCCAAAUGAAGAUGGCUCUGGAUGUAAAAAAACAGAUGUGGCCUCUCCUGAGUUAAAUGAAGACAGUAUACAUAUACCUAAAACAAUGGAUGUUAAUUCUGUGAAGGAACACAAUGAUCUCCCAGGUAAACACAAAGAAAACACUGAUAUUUCUGCAAAUAAUCUACAGCUUAACAAUAAAGAAACUACUUUUGAUAAACCAAGUGUUUUAUCUGAAAAAAUACAAAUCGAAAAAAUACUUGGAACACCAGAGGAACCUGGUUUAAUUGUCCCAGAGAGAGCUACAACACCAGAAAUUGUAUGUGCUAUACCAAGAGAGUUAGUACUAAAAUAUGAUGGGUCAUAUCUGGCCUCAAAAGAGACUGAUAUACUUUCUGAUGUAUCUGAUGACUUUAGUUUCACCCCCAAAGAAAUUGAAAGCCUGUCUAAAAAUGCUAGUCCUCUUCCUGAUGAAUUGGCAGCAGAAGAACAACUUAGUGCCAUAGAUGAAGAGCCAAACAUUGUACUACAGAAUGCAAAAAUGAUAAAUUAUAAAUGUGGUCCAUCACCUGUAGAAACAGGGAUUUCAGAGAGAGAAAACAAAUCCAAGGAGCCAGGUUCAACUUGUGAGUCACCAGCAACUACCUUGAAAGAGCAAGACCUUCCCACUGAGGAUACUAUGCAUUCUUCAGUUCAUUUAGACAUACCUCCAUUGAAAUCAGACAGUGACACAGAGAAGCCAAGCAGAACACACGAGCCUUCAAGUUCUUCAAAUGAAAAAUUAAUUUCCCCUGACACAGAACAAGCACCGUUGUCUCCUGCUAUCAGAAGCCCCACCUUUCCAACUUCGGAUUCAUACAACUUCACCCAGAAGCUUCGCAGUGUCCUUCACUCUGAGAGACCGUUCCCUAAAAAGCCAGGAACACCAACAUCUCCUGAUCUCUUGGUACUUCCUUCAAGCCCCAGACUGCUCACAGAAGGAGCGUUCCCUGAAAGGAGCUCUGAUUCUGAGGAAGCCUUUGAGACUCCAGAAUCGACUACUCCAGUGAAAUCUGCCCCUCCGGUCUCCAUCCCUCCCCUUCCUGAGGUUCUCGAACAACAGCCGCAGCAACGAGAAGAGGAGGACAUUCCAUCACCCCCUCUCCCACCCGAAAAUCCAGAUUUGCUGUCCUGCUUGGAGGAUAUAUUGGUUGCCGAGACAUCAGAGGUUGACAAAAGUGAGGAACCUGCUUUCCGGCCACCUUCUCGCUCCUUUUCAGUUGUUUUUGAUGAAGACAAGCCCAUAGCUAGCAGUGGCACCUACAACUUGGACAGCUUGGCCAACUCUGAACCAACGAAUGACAUUUCUAACUUUUCAGAAGCUCCUGCCAGAGCCCGUCGCAAAUCUACAGACUCUGUGCCUGUGGCCCGAAACACCUUGUCUCGUUCCCUGAGUUUACAGGCUUCAGACUUCCAGAUUGACGACCCUAUCUGCAGCCAAGGGGGCUCAGACAGCGCCUGCAGUACUCUUCGAAGGACAAAGAAACCCCGGCCAACAUCAUUGAAAAAGAAGCCAAUAAAGAAAGAACCCGAAGCUGUUGGCACCAAGGAAGCAAAGCAAGAAUUGACAGGAGAGUCACAGGAAACAGAAGUGGAGAAGACAUCACAGGUGGUCCCAGGGGAUGAUCCUCCCCUGCCUCAGGCAGAAUCAGACUUGCCAUCAACUGGGGAACAAACCUUGAUUUUACCAUCCUCACAGACUUCCUCUCUGGACGUCCAGGAGGUCAGUGCUGGAACUGUUCCUUUCGGUGACUCUUGUCCUUCACAAGAAACUGGAAAAUCCUCCCCGGUGCUAGUUUGUCACCAGGAACCUGAAGUGACUACUGGUGACAUUGAAGUACCAGAUACCACAGGGGUGAUUGGACAAUCUGUGAGGCUGGAGUUCGAUUAUUCAGAAGAGGCACGUGAGGGGCAGCCUCCCAUCAGGAAGGGAAAGAAACCCUCAGGCAAAAUGCCACUGCGGAAACCUAAGCCCAAAAAACCUGUAGAAAAGACAGAUCCUCCACCUGGAUCUCCUAGCCACAUCACUGUCGAUCCCGUUGACAUUCCCAUCGGCAAGGGCUCCUACACAUACAACAUGGAUAAAUGGGAUGACCCCAACUUUAAUCCAUUCUCUUCUAGUGGAAAAAUGCUAGACUCUCUUUCAGCCACUCAGGAGUCUCCAGAACAAUUUAAAACUGUACCUAGAUCGGAAUCUCCUGCAAAAUUGCCCGCUUCAUUUGAGAUACCAACAAACGUCACUGAACAGAACAACGUAGAAAUCAAUAAGCCAGCUAAGAAGAAAAAGACACCUCUGAAGACUGAUACUUUUAGGGUAAAGAAAUCACCUAAACGUUCCCCAGUUACCGAAAAUGGCUCCGAGGAGCUCACAGUACUUUCCAACCCAGAAACACCUCCUGUCAUCACAUCCGAAGAACAUGCUACUGACGAAGAGAAGCUGGCCUCCUCGGUCAGCAGUCAGAAAUGGACCUGCAUGGCAGUUGAUCUAGCACCAGAGAAGCAAGACUAUCCCCAGCCCUCCGACCUAACCAGCUUUGUAAACGAGAAUCAGUUCCAUACGUGUUCUGACGACAUUGAAUACGGGAACUCAUACAAUAUCGAAUACAUGGAAAAAACAGGAACCUGUUCUCCGCUCCGCGAUGUGCCUCAGACACAAUCCGUAUACCUUAUGUUUGAGGCAACCCAGGACAGCCCAGUGAAAACUCCAGCUAAAUUCUCAGAGACAUGCACCCCAGGAACAGAUUCUAGCUUUGAUGGAAUGGAGUCUACAUUGUGCUCUGGACAGCUUCCCUGCCCACGGACUCCCCCAAUCUUGCAGGACUCAAUGCGCCAACCCCUAGAUCGGACCCGACAGAGGGAAGAGGAAUCUAGCUCAUUGGGAAGUGGGAAAAUGGAACUGGGCUCCCCAGACGACGCAUACGUGACAGCUGAGACUUUGCUGUCGCGGAUUUCCCACCAAGCAGCGCUUUGCGAUGAGCUCAGUUACCUGGAACCCGAUUUAGCAGAGAAGAACCCCCAAGCAUUUGCACAGAAAUUACAGGAGGAGUUAGAGUUUGCAGCCAUGCGAAUAGAGGCAUUGAAGUUAGCCAGACAUAUAUCCCUGUCCUCCCAAUGCUCUCUGCAUACAGAGGGACUGGAGCCGGUGGAUGGUGCCCUCUCUCAUUCCUCGCUCUACUCCCGUGCUGUGGCAAUGGAGACAACAAGCGGUGGACUCCUACUUCCCUUCCAGCAAUCUGAUAUAGACACGGCUCUCCAGCUUGCCAGAGAAGAGAUUGCCGUUAAAGAGAGGGAGGUGACCGAAUGGAAGCAAAAGUACGAGGGAAGUCGAUGUGAGGUGGUGGAGAUGAGGAAAAUUGUUGCAGAAUAUGAGAAGACAAUAGCUCAAAUGAUUGAGGAUGAGCAGCGGGAGAAGUCGGUGUCACACCACACGGUGCAGCAAUUGAUCAUUGAAAAGGAGCAAGCACUGUCUGAUUUAAACUCUGUUGAAAAGUCUCUGGCGGAACUCUUCCGUAGAUAUGAGAAAAUGAAGGAUGUUUUGGAGGGAUUCAGAAAAAAUGAGGAGGUUCUGAAGAAGUGCGCUCAGGAAUAUCUGUCGCGGGUUAAAAAAGAGGAACAGAGGUACCAUGCUUUGAAAAUCCACGCGGAGGAAAAGCUAGACAGGGCCAAUGCCGAUAUUGCCCAAGUGCGCAUUAAGUCUCAGCAAGAACAUGCUGCUUAUCAGGCCAGCUUGAGGAAGGAACAGCUCAAGGUGGAUGCUUUGGAGAGGACACUUGAACAAAAGAAUAAAGAGAUUGAAGAACUCACUAAGAUUUGUGAUGAGCUUAUUAUGAAGAUGGGAAAGAGUUAGCCUUCCUCUGCCUUUCUUCGGAUGCUUGGUUUUCGAGCGGUGUGCAAUCUGGAUGAUGUAGGAAAAUGGGAUUUCAUGUAUUCUUUGUACCUGUCCCCCGGUUGAAUUGUGGAGAGGAGGCACCUGCGGCACAGGGAAGGCUCAGGAAGCGUGUACCACAGGCUUCCCUCCGCAUGUCCUUCCUGUAUCAGGGAGGCCGAAACCUGGCCCUGCAUCUCCACGUGUCUUGUUGUAUUUUAUAUGGAUGUUUUCCCAUGCUGCAUCGUGUCAAAAAGAGCUUAGAGCUCAUUGUGUCUCACGUCUGAGGAAGACCCUUUUGUGUCUAAAGCCUUUUGAUUCUUAGGUGGGACAUUCCAUCCUGGACUUGUUACUGAAACAGUGUCAGCUGAUCCAUAGCUGGAGAGAGAUAUAUAAACGCAUGAGAAAGUGUGCUGUAAAUAAAUCUUAUCUUAUGAGAA